AUGUAUUUAUACCUAUCUCUCUCUCUCUCAUUCUCUAUCUAUCUAUCUAUCUAUCUAUCUAUCUAUCUAUCUAUCUAUCUAUCUAUCUAUCUACCAUAUUCUGCUUAUAUAUACCUAUCAUCACUUGACAUCUUUGAGAAGUGUCUCUGCGCUUUCACUAAUAAUCUGUCUGUCUGUCUGUCUGUCUGUCUUCUCUCUCUCUCUCUCUUUCUCACUUUCUCUUCUCUCUUUCUCUCUUUUUCUUCUCUUUCUCUCUCUCUUUCUCCUCUCUCUUUCUUGCUCUCUUUCACUCUCUCUUUCUCUCUCUCUUCUGUCUGUUUCUCUCUCUUCUCUCUCUCUUUCUCUUUUCUCUCUCUUUGUCUUCACUCUCUCUUUCUCUCAGUCUUUCUAUCUUUCUCUCUCUCUUCUCUCCGUUUCUCAAUUUUUUCUCUCUCUCUCUGUUUCUCUCACUUUGUCUUCUCUCUCUUUCUCACUGUCUUUCUAUCUUUCUCUCUCUCUUUCUUUCUCUUUUCUUUCUCUCUCUUUGUUUUUUCUCUCUUUUUCUCUCUCUCUUCUCUCUGUUUCUCUCUGUUCUCUCUCUCUUUCUCUCUAUCUUCUAUCUUUCCCUCUCUCUUUCUCUCUGUUCUCUCUCUCUUUCUCUUUUCUCUCUCUUUGUCUUCUCUCUCUCUUUCUUUCUCUCUUUCUUUCUCUCUCUUUUAUCUCUGUUUCUCUCUCUUCUCUCUCUCGUUCUCUUUUCUCUCUCUUUGUCUUCUCUCUCUAUCUCUUUCUCUCUGUCUUUCUAUCUUUCUCUCUCUCUCUCUCUCUUUCUCUCUCUCUUCUCUCUCUUUCUUUUUCUCUGUUUUUUUAUUCCCCCAAAUUGCAUUUUUCUUUUUUCUGUCUUUCUUCUUCAGCAAAGGAAAUUGA